AUGGUCCUUCUCGAGCACCUUCCCCUCAUCGGCCUCGCCCUGAGCUUCGCCCACCACCACAGUGGAAGAGCACCUCAUCACAGCCAUCCCGCUCUUCCAAAUCACAGACAUGUUCACCAAAUCUCUGCUGACAUGUCCCCGUAUCACCAGGCUCCAAAGUUGAUCGCCGCGCGUGCUGCAGAGGAGAGCCAUGAGACCACGAUCCAAGUUUCCCAGCACCACUUGCAGACCAUCCUCGAUAGGAUCAAGUUUCUCGAGGAAGAAAUCUUUAACAUGAUGUUGUCCAAAGCUGACUCUUCUCUAGAAUCCAAGUCCGAGCCUUCAACGCCUUCUAAGCCUGAAACGCUUGUCGUGACGACCCGUGAGCCAACAGCUGCUCCGACAACAGCUACUGUCGGAGGCUUGUUCAUGGAGGCUCCGGCAGAUCUGGAUGCUCCCACGAAGUCAACCACGAUAGUCACUUUGACGACGCUGAUUACGCAGACGCUCACCAUGAUGCCCACAAGGAUACUCACGCUGACGGCGUUCCCCACGAUUUUGGCAGAAGCGAGUCCGACGUCCAAUAUGGACAGAACUGUUGAUGCGGAAACAUACCAGGAAAGCAAAUCAAAGGCAAUGAUCCCUUUCUUCAACAUGCUAGCCAGCGCAAACCCAGCAGAGGCCACGGCCUCGAGCGACAGUCAUCCUUCUCAGCCCUUCGGCCCGCCAUCAACAGACGUUGUUGCUGAAAAAAAGCAGCCUGAAAUCACGCCGCUCGGUCCUGGCUUCAACGCUUCGGCGACUUAUCAUCGAGUGUCGCUCUCGGCUGCCUCGAGUGGGUUCCUUACGGUGUGGAGGGGUGCUUGA